UGUAUUGAUUUGUCUCCUCCAGGGAUACAGCAGGUCAGGAGAGGUUCCACACUAUCACAACCUCCUACUACAGAGGCGCCAUGGGCAUCAUGCUAGUUUACGACAUCACAAACGGUAAAACCUUCGACAAUAUUUCAAAGUGGCUGAGGAAUAUAGAUGAGCAUGCAAAUGAAGAUGUUGAAAAGAUGAUUUUGGGCAACAAAUGCGACAUGGAUGACAAGAGACAGGUGUCCAAAGACCGUGGAGAUAGUAUUGCCCGAGAACAUUCGAUACCUUUCUUAGAAACCAGUGCAAAAGCCAACAUUAAUGUAGAACAAGCAUUUAUGGAUUUAGCUCAGGCAAUUUUGAAUAAGGUGAGUGCUCUGCUGCUUUGUUGAUGUUGCUCUUGUGGUGUUUUUUACCUGUACCU